AAGGCCCCGGAUGCCAAGCCUCGCUCGGAACUUUCCAGAAAAGUCGGGAGACAGGGGGAGCCGCUAGAGCCAGAGCCAGCGCCGCCAGCCAGCCAGGUCGCCGUUCACGAUGGUGAAAGAAACGACAUACUACGAUGUGCUCGGAGUGAAGCCCAGCGCGUCCCAGGAGGAGCUGAAGAAGGCCUACCGCAAGCUGGCGCUGAAGUACCACCCCGACAAAAACCCCAACGAGGGCGAGAAGUUCAAACAGAUUUCUCAAGCAUAUGAAGUUCUUUCUGAUCCCAAGAAGAGAGACUUGUAUGACAAAGGAGGUGAACAGGCCAUUAAAGAGGGUGGUUCUGGUUGUAGCUUUGGAUCCCCCAUGGAUAUAUUUGACAUGUUCUUUGGAGGAGGUGGAAGAAUGCAAAGAGAGAGGCGAGGUAUGUGACUUUUUUGUCAUGUUGGGUACACUAGCAGU